AUGGAGGAGUUAGCAAUUGGUUUAGAGGCAGUGCACCUCUCGGUUGAGAAUGAUGAACAGGAGGAGGAACAGGGGCAGGGUAUGGACAUGAGGCAGGGCAGUCCGAAUGUCGUAGGCAAAUCGGAGGAUGAGGUCCUGAGAGCGGAACGCGAUAAUAGGGUGGUGUAUCAGAGGCGGGAGACAAGAACAAAGAAGAAGUAUGAUCAGGAGCGGGAAGCACGCGAGGAGGAAGAGGCGAAGCGGAGGGUGGAACAGAAGCGUGUGAGGCUCGAGGACCAGGAGCGAGAGGUGAGUGCGAUGGAGGGGGACAGGGAGAGUGAGGAACGCGAACGCAAGAGGGAGGAAGAGCGGAAGAGGGAGGAGGCGAGGAAGGUGUGGCGUGAAAAGGAAGAGAAGCGGCAGAGGGAGGAGGAAGAGCGGAAGAGGGAGGAGGAAAGGCAGGCUGAGCGCAAAAAGGAGGAGAAGCGGCAGAAGGAUGAAGAGCGGAAGAGGGAGGAGGAAAGGCAGGCAGAGCGCGAACAAGAGGAGAAGCGGCAGAGGGAGGAGGAAGAGCGCAAAAAGGAGGAAAGGCAGGCUGAGCGCGAACAGGAGGAGAGGCGGCAGAGGGAGGAGGAAGAGCGGAAGAGGGAGGAGGAGAAAAAGGCUGAGCGCGAAAAGGAGUCGAAGCGGCAGAAGGAUGAGGUGGAGCGGAAGAGGGAGGAGGCGAGGAAGGCGGAACGCGAAAAGGAGGAGAAGCGGCAGAAGGAGGAGGAGGAGAAGGAGGAGGAGCGGAAGAGGGAGGAGGCGAGACAGGUAGAACGCGAAAAGGAGGAGCAGCGGCAGGAUGAGGAGGAGCGGAAGAGGGAGGAGGCGAGGAAGGCGGAACGCGAAAAGGAGGAGAAGCGGCAGAAGGAGGAGGAGGAGCGGAAGAGGGAGGAGGCGAGGAAGGCGGAACGCGAAAAGGAGCAGAAGAGGCAGGAGGAGGAGGAGGAGCAGAAGAGGGAGGAGGCUAGGAAGGCGGAACGCGAAAAGGAGGAGAAGCGGCAGAAGGAGGAGGAGGAGCGGAAGAGGGAGGAGGCGAGGAAGGCGGAACGAGAAAUGGAGCAGAAGAGGCAGGAGGAGGAGGAGGAGCAGAAGAGGGAGGAGGCUAGGAAGGCGGAACGCGAAAAGGAGGAGAAGCGGCAGAAGGAGGAGGAGGAGCGGAAGAGGGAGGAGGCGAGGAAGGCGGAACGCGAAAAGGAGGAGAAGCGGCAGAAGGAGGAGGAGGAGCGGAAGAGGGAGGAGGCGAGGAAGGCGGAACGCGAAAAGGAGCAGAAGAGGCAGGAGGAGGAGGAGGAGCAGAAGAGGGAGGAGGCUAGGAAGGCGGAACGCGAAAAAGAGGAGAAGCGGCAGAAGGAUGAGGAGGAGCGGAAGACGGAGGAGGCGAGGAAGGCUGAACGCGAAAAGGAGCAGAAGCGGCAGGAGGAUGAGGAGGAGCGGAAGAGGGAGGAGGCGAGGAAGGCGGAACGCGAAAAGGAGUAG